AUGGAAACAGUUUCUUAACAAAUAAAACAACUGAAUCAGAAAAAUUAAGAACUCUCUGUCUUAGAAAACAGAAUAGUUUAAUUGAAAUAGUAAUUGAAUUUACAAUAAGCAAACAAUAAUAUCUUAAAGACUAAAGUCGAGAAGAUAGUCCAAUCUAAAAAAUAAAAGUUUUAUGAUUAAAUGAAGGUAAACUCAUUAUUAGAGAAUUUAGCUGAAACAAAUUCUUCAAGAUAGUACUGUAAAUAAUGACGGAGCUUAAUAUAUGAUUCAAAGAAAUAAAGCUUUAUUAAAUGAAGAACUAAGAUAAACUAAAUAGGAUAUGUUGGAAGAAAAGUAUCUAUAAACUUAAUAGAUGAAAUAAAAAUUAGAUUUGGAUAUGCUUUUAAAUUAAAAGAAAAGAGAUCAAUAACUCUUAGAAAAACAGUAAUAAUAUGCAAAAGUACUCUAAUCAUUUUAUCUAAUAGAUAUCAGAGUGGGAAUUUAAUCUUAAAUUAGACUUAAAAUAAAGAUAAAUUGAUAAAAUUGAAAGAAUUAGAUCAGAAGAAAAAGAGUUUAAAGAAUAAUUAGCCAAACGAAUUUAAGAAUAACAAUAGUUAUGUGAUUAAUUAGCAAAUGAAGAAUAAUAAUUUUUGAGGUAAUAUUUUUCAUUACACUUAAUGAAGCAAAUUAAAAAAUUCACAAUAGUUUGGAAAUUCUCUAAAGAAUGAUCUAACAACUGCUAUGAAUUUAAGUAUAAAGGAGUAUAAAAAUAAUAUGUCUGUGUCAAUUCCUACUCAUAUUAAAUCAUAUAGCUAAUCUAAAUUACCAAAGGAACAAUAAAAUAGUCCUUAUGCCUAAUUACCUACAAUACUUAUGAUGAAAAUGAGUGGAUAAAUUAAUAAGAGUGGGAAUGCUUCUUUUCGUGAAUCUAUAAUGAAAGGUUAUCAAUUUUCUUUACCUUCUCUUUGUAAGCCUUCCUUUACUGAAUAAUAAUAAUAAGUUGAUCGUCUUUAUCAAUCCAAAAAAGUGAAAAAUAGCAAAUCAGAUUUAUAGUAGAUAUUGAAUUAUUGUGAUUCUACAGGUAAAAUAGAAUAGAAAUAAAAAUAUCGAGUAAAUUAAAGUGAAUUAAUAAAAAAAUAAAUGAGUAAUUAAUCAAUAAAGGAAAAUAAUUAAAUUUAAUAAGAGUACGAAUAAAAUAAAUAACAAUCAUCAGAACAAAUAAAAUAUAAUAAUAAUGAUGAAGAAGUAUCAAAUCAGAAUUAAUAAGAAGAAUAAUAAUGA